AUGGCCAUUGACACGCCACAGAUGAAUGCUUAUGCGGCUUGUUCAGAUUCAGAGGGAACGGGAGAUAGUUAUGAAAUGAAUGCCAUUAGUUCAUUUUUGGAAUGCGUCCAGAUCGUGAGGCGAACUCCUUUCGAGUUGCCUAAGACGGUUUCCUUAAUAGAAUGUUCUAACGGCACAAAAGUAUACUUGGUAGGAACGGCUCACUUUAGCAAAGAAAGCAUUGCGGAUGUUCGUUUUAUAAUGGAAAAGACUCUUCCUGACUUUGUGGUUGUUGAGUUGUGUAGGAAUCGAAGUCAUUCCAUGCUUCUAUCUGAAGACGAUAUUAAAAGGCAAAUUCGGGAAAACAGCCUGGUUGACUACGUGAGAAAUAUGGGUGUAUCAAACGGCGUUUUGCAAUAUCUUUUGCUUCGGUUUACAAAGUAUAUAAUGGAGCAAAUUGGAAUGGCACCUGGAGGUGAAUUUCGUGCUGCGUUUCAGGAAGCGUCUAAGCAAGCCCACUGUCAUCUCAUUCUCGGGGAUCGGCCAAUUAAAGUAACCCUUCAGAGGGCAAUGGAUGCACUGGGGUUAUGGCAGAAAACGAGGUUUUUCUUCUCUUUGUUAUUCGGCUUCGAGGAAAUAACCCCCGAGGAUGUUGAAGAAAUGAAAAGUGAGGACCUCCUGGAGCAGUUGAUUAAGGCAUUGGCUGGUGACUACCCCGAGUUGACACGCAUUAUUCUGGAGGAACGGGAUCUCUACCUAGCCCGGUCAAUUUGGGAGGUGUGCGGUUUGCCGUCUGAAGAGCCAGGACAUGAUGCGAACCGAAGGGGGGAGGAAGUAGAUGUUGAAGAGGAUGAGGAGGAAAAGGGGGCAGAGGUUCGUCAGCGGCAGGAGCAUGACCAGAAGCGGAGGGAGUCAGACAAGAGGAGCGAAAAUUCGACGGUGGAGGUUCUGUUAGAUCCCGAAGAACACCCCCAUCUCCUCCGCCAGUGCUGCUGCUGGUGCCCCGAGUGGCCUGGGCUAGAUGUAUUGCCCCGUGUUGUCGUAGCAGUUGUCGGGAUUGGCCAUGUGGCUGGCAUCAGGAAGGCCUGGAAUCAUGCUGCCACCAUCGAUAAAGCUGAACUCAGAAGGGUGAAACCGGCAUCUCGAUCAUGGGUUGUAGUUCGUUGGGCUUCUCGAGCGCUUAUCCUCUCUGUCUCUGGUCUUGCUGCAUACUGGGUAUUACAUGGUGUUUACCAGGCUGGUCGCCACAUUUUUCAAGGCACCCUUUACCUGUAUUCGAAAUUCAUGCUGUCCUGA